AAAUGUUUAACCGAUUGCCAAGCAACCAGUCUGUGUCACUUGGUUUUUAACAAGAUUAUAUAGAUCAUAAAAAAUAAAAUAAUGCUUCUCGGAAAAUUUAUGGUUACAUUUAUUUUGGUGCACACUUUAUUUUCUGCUGAUGUUCUUGUUUUAUCCCAAAAUGCAAAUGAGACUACAACCACGACUUUAAAUGUGUCAAAAAAUCUUACAGAUAAUGUAAAUAAUACUUUAUUUGUCCGAGAAGGUGAUUUAGAUAUAAACAAGAUCAUGGACGAAACCAGGGAGCGAAUAAAAGAAAUAAAUCAUGGAGAAAAUGUAACAGAUAACCUUAUUAUUAAAGGAAUAAAGUUUUUUUAUAAUGAAGUAUUCAAAACGGAAAACGUGCAUAAUGUUAGUAAGAAGUGUUUUAAUGCAUUGAAUAAGAGUUCUGUUUUCACAAAAACUCAACUAAUUGAUGCUGGUAGCACUAUUCCCGGAGGUGCAUUGGCUCAUAGUGUAUUUAACUUAGGUUUCUAUGAUGAAUGUCUAAAAACACAUGAAGUAAUAGAGGGUAAAGCAUAUCAUGGAAAAUAUUGUAUUGGACGAAUAUCAUCGGAACUAAAUAUAUUUCAGAGAGUUUCAAAAGGUAUAGACUUACUUAACUAUGGAUAUUUGGAAGGGAUAUCUUUGUCAUACUGUUUACUUGAUCCUUGUAAUGCUGAAGAUUUUAACAAAAUAUUUUCUCAUGGUAUGUUUUACGAUGAAGGAUGUUAUACCAAUGCCCAACCGCCCAAAUUUGACAAAUAUGAUAAAGUAGCUAUAAUAGUUUUAAUUAUUUUUGGAUUAUUGACGGUCUUUUCAACAAGUUAUGAUAUAUAUUUAUACUAUUCAGGAAAAGAACCAUAUCAUAUCUUUCUUAUUGCUUUUUCAUUAUGGACAAACGGAAGAAAAAUCCUUUUUAACACAUCAAGUACGAGCAAGUUUAGUUGUAUUACCGGCGUAAAAUCUUUGAGCAUGGCUUGGGUCAUAAUUAGCCAUAUUUAUGUACUUCACAUAACCAAUUCAGCCAACGUUAAUCCCAUGGAUAUUUUAGAUUAUGCUUUAAACCCGAAAAAUUUAUGGAUGAACGGAAGUUCAGUGGCUUGCGAUUCCUUUUUGGCAGUUGGGGGCCUACUGACUGUUCAUUCGUUUUUAAAGGCUGCCAAAAAGGGAAAUAAAAUUAAUGUUCCUAGCAUGUAUAUACAUAGAUACUUAAGAUUAACACCUGCAUAUGCAAUAUUAGUAAUGUUAGAAGCAACUUUAAUAAGGUACAUGGGCAGUGGUCCCUUUUGGGCUGGCCAAUUUAUAGCUUCCAAACGUUGUCAAGAAGAUUGGUGGGCCGCAUUAUUAUAUAUACAAACAUAUGUACAUCCAGAUCAAAUGUGUGCUGCUCAAACAUGGUAUCUUUCUGUGGACAUGCAACUUUUUUUCUUAUCACCCCUGGUUAUAAUACCUAUAUUAAAAUGGCCAAAACAAGGAACGAUAGCUUUAGGAGUUUUAUUGUUUCUAGGAUUCUUAAUCCCCUUCUUAUUUGUAUAUCUACAAGAUUUUCCGGUGGGAUUUACUUUAGAAUUGCAUAAGAACAGAAAAUACUUUCGAAAAUACUAUGUUCAAACCUAUGUUAGAUUUGGACCUUAUGUAGUUGGAAUGGUUUUUGGAUUAAUUAUAUUAAAGUUACAAACUGCAAAAGAAAUUUUAAGGACUUCUGAUAAAAAUAAGAAAUGGGUGGCUUUUGGUGUUUGGAUAUGUGUACUGACAGGUCUUCUUGGAUGCGUUUAUUGUGGGGAGGGAAUACUUUUAUCGCAACAAGUCUACAGCGCAUUGUCAAAAGCAUUGUAUGCAAGUUUCGUUAGAAAUGGGUGGGCAAUAUGUGUUUGUACUAUGAUAACCUUAUGCGUUUUGGGAUAUGGUGGUCCAAUAAAUGCGUUUUUGUCGCUUCCAAUAUUUCAGAUAAUAUCUAGACUUACAUACUCAAUGUAUCUUUUACAUUUUAUGUUUAUUAUAAACGCAAUGAUGAGAAGUUCAAGGGUACCAUAUUUUUUUUUAGAAGAAAACCUUUACUUUGAAUUUUGGACAUAUUUUAUGGUUACUUUUAUUGCAGCAUUUUUCUUUUCGGCUAUAUUUGAGUCGCCUGUUAUCACAAUAGAGAAAAUAAUAUUUGGAGGUGUAACCAAGAAACCCUCUAAUAAAGAACAAGACAACGUUAUAAAAACUAAAAUUUAGAGUAUAUUAAUAAUAUAUAAUAUACUAUGUAUAAAUCAAUCUUGUAUGAAUUUAUUAAAAUAUAUUUAUUGAAAAAAUAGUUAUUAA